AUGACUUUGCGUCCUGGUUUUAUUGAUGUUUUUUCUGUAAUGAAAGGAAAAUCUGAAAAUAUGACAGAAAAUAUAACAAUAUUAUCAUUUGAUGAAAUGUACUUACAUAAUAGAAUUGAAUAUGAACCUCAAGAACAGAGAAUACUAGGACCUUGCAAUAAUGUGCAAGUUAUGUGUGCACGUGGAUUAUUUAGCCAGUGGAAGCAACCAAUCUUCUUCGAUUUUGAUUGUGAUAUGUCGGAUAAAAAACUCCAUGAUGUUGGGUUUUUAGUAGUUGCUUUUGUGUCAGACAUGGGACCAAAAAAUAGAGGCCUUCAUAAAAAAUUAGAUAUAACUCCAACCAAACCAUAUUUUGAGAAUCCAAGUAUUCCAGGUGAAAAGGUAUUUUGUUUUGCAGAUACACCACAUUUGCUUAAGCUUAUAAGAAACCAUUUAUUAGAUAAUGAUCUCAUACUUGCUGAUGGUCAAGUUAUAAAUAGAAAGCCCUUGGAUAAACUAGUGGAAAUUCAAACAGCACAAUUGAAACCUGGAUGGAAACUAUCAAAGACUUUACUAGAUGUUAAAGGGAGUGAAAGACAAAAUGUAAAAGCGGCAGCAAGAGUUUUAUAUGCAAAUACAGCCAAGGCAAUACUUUUUGUUGGUGACAAUCAACUUUUUAAUGGAACAGGUGCAGAGAAUUGUUACAAAAUAACAUCUGACUUUAUUCAAAUGGUGAAUGACUGGUUCGAUAUUCACAAUUCUAACAACCAAUUUGGACCACAUCCGGCUUUUGGAAAGGAUCUAGAUAAACAAAUUGAUUUAUUGAAGAAAAUGUCAUGA